GGAGAACAGUCAGAGCGUAGAGGAGCGCGAUGGAGCGGUUCUAUGUGUUUCUGUUGAGUUGAAGUUCGUCAAACUACGUGUUUAUAUAAAAUAAUACGAGUUUUAUCAGAAAUUACAGCAAUAAUGGAGACAGCAGCAGCUUUAUAGAGAAGUUUACAGCCUGCAGUGUUUGAUCCAGAGCGCCUCUUCACUAUGUCAGCAAUAGUGAAUUCCAAGGAGAGAAGUGAGUCAAGCACGCACACAAAAGAGAGAAGACGGUCGAGCAGUCGAGGACGGGAUGAGAGGAAACGAAAGCGUAGCAGAAGCAGAUCCUCAUCUGUGAGUUCUUCCUCAUCGUCCUCUUCCUCCUCCUCAUCAUCGUCUUCGCGGUCCUCUAGCAGUGACUCAAGCAGCAGUAGGAGUAGCUCCAGUAGCAACGAUUCUUACCAAAAGAAGAGAAAGGCUUCAAAGAAAGGAAAAAAGGAGAGAGCUGGCAAAAAGAAACGAAAAAAAGAAAAAGCACGCAAGAAAAAGAAGGACAAGAAGCACAAAGGAGAGGAGGAUUCCUCUGGUCCUGUUCAGAUAUCAAAGUAUCUGAAAGAGAAAAAGAGAAGUGGCAAGUACAGCAUGAUCUCAGGGAAGAAGAUCAAAAUGAAAGUGAAGAAAUCAAAGAAAGACAAGCAGAGAGAUAAAAAUCGCGCUGAGCUGUUGGAGUUUCUGAACUCUACAUUUUGAUGCAUUCAGAGCUUUCCAGCUCCCUUCAGUCUUUCCUUUAUCCAGGCCACGCCGCUCUCAGGGAAAGGCCAGCUUCUGUAACGGACAGCACUGUGUGGCCUCAUACGGCUGUCAGAGAGAAAUGUUUUAUUUUGUUAAUAUCCAAUUUCCAAACUAAUUGUAAUGUUAUCAGUAUCUGAGCUUGAAUUUAAGUAUCUCCAAACUGUACCUUGAAUAUUCAGACACAGUAAUGCUUUUAUUUUGUUGUUAAUCUGUUUCUAAGUAAUUACGUUGUCAUCCCUCACACCUGACCUGCACAUAGACCACCAUUAAGAAGCUGUGGUGGACAUGUAGAAAACAGCACCCUGACUUUAAUGCUGUUUGAACACCUGUUGUAUUUUUUCCCAUAGUUUUACCCUGAUUAUAUGUUAAAUUUAAUUUGAAAUUUUGCAUUUUUUAAACAUGCAAACAUAAGAAAAACCCUUCAGAGGGAGGAAAUUGUCACACAGUUAUCAUCGUGCAGUAAAAUGUCAUGAUGUUUUGCAUAAACAUGAAAAACUAGAACAACUGAGAAGAAUAGCUUGUCUUUGUAUGCAAAUAUGUAGAUAUCAUAUCUAUCAAGGCAGUGUAGAACUAAUGUCAGUUACAUAAUCGAUCUGAAUAUUGUCUGACCACUGUCGUUUUCUUGUUGUGAUAAGUGAAAAUAUAACUGUGACUCCUGCAGUAAA